GCAGCACCAAGAACAAAACGAUUUGCUCCGCUUCUCACAGUUGUGACGCGCUAUGAAAGGAGAAAGAGAAGAGAAGAAAAGUACUCCUCCGUUUCUCCUAUCUGUUUUCCUCUGCACCCCCCUCCCUUUUGGCUGUCAAUCCCAGAAGCGCUUCAUCCAUCGAUAGAUUCGUGUUUUUCUUCUCUUUCCCUUGUCAACUCUCUUCUAUUUUUGUACUAUCGCCGAGGUCGGUUGAGUCUUCCUCGUAUCAAGGGCAUUCGUUUCUCUUUUAAUCGCCUCACCAAAAGCACGUUAUACUUCCCCGAAGUUUGUGUAGGAGUGAUAUUCCACUUUCUUCUCUUUGCCUCGCAGCUUUCUUCUGUUGAGGUUCUGGUUCCCUGCUGUUAGCGCAACUGAAUUUCCUCUUAACGAGCCCUUUGCUUUCUUUUGUGACCAGUGAGAGGUGUGACAUUGAUACUGACCAACAACUACAGCACAGACGGCAAGAUUGAGAUCGUGGUUGCACACCUUCACCCAAUUUUUUCCCUUUUAAUCUUCCAAGUCUCGUCUUUUCAUCGUAUUAUCCGUUAUAAUUUGUUCUUUAGGUUGUGUGGAAAUCUUGAAUUCAAGAAAGCACGAGUGCGGUGACACAUUCAUUUGCGCUGCAGCUUACUUUUUCCGUCGGCCUCUAAAUUUGUACUUUGUUCAAGCGGUCUGCGACACACUUUUCUGUGUUGUUGGCCGUGCAUACAGACAACGGUUACUGCAGAUUCCGUGGUCUUUUAGUGGUGCGCACAUCCUUAGAAGCAAAUGGGCGGCGAAUCGAGUAAACACGCCGCUGCUGCAGGGGCGGCGCGCAGCCGUGAGCGGAAGCGCAGCGGUCUGUCCAACGCAUUCGCCGGCGGUGACUGCCGCAGCACCUCCAACAACCCUCGGCCCAACACCAUGGGCCCGUCCUAUGGCAGCGCCCCGGAGCACAUUCCCGCAGCGCCGGUGAAAUGCACGCCCGUACCAAUAGAGUCGAUCAGGACGCUCGGUGCGGACCUUACCUGGAUUCCAGACACGGAGGCGACGUUGAUCACGGAGUGGAACCACGAGCGCCAAAAGCUCACUGCAGCCGGCCUACGAAGGUCGCAGCCGAGGAGAAAUGGCGAUAGUAACGGUGGCGGUCCGGCAGGGAGUUCCGGUGACUCUUCCGGCCACGCAUCCCCUGGCGCAAAACAGAGCAGCAGUGGCAGCCCCACCGCCGCCGCAGGUGAUCAAGCCACGCCUGGUGUCGCCUCCAGCGCCGGCAACCUUGUCCCGUUGAACUGCGACUGCGCACCAGCGACGACAGGGCGCAGUACGGGCUUGAUUUUCCGUGUUCCGACCACGUGGGCCCAGCCGGGGUUUCCAGGCUCCGGCUCAUCGCUGAGUCGUUCGCCAUCGUGGCCCUCUAGCCUCCAAGUAGCGACGGACCAGCGCGGUGGGUCGAAGAAGCCGUCUGCUGGAAACUCCCCAUGCUCCCCCGUCGUCAUCUCUGCGCUGCCAGUGGGCAUCGAGUACUACCGCGCCCUGCAGACCCGUUGGACCACGCCGGAGGCGCGCUCCAUGCCGCCCGCGACGGAGGAGGAGGACCUGAAUGACUCGCUGAUCUUGGAGGCGGUGGCGGAUCCCGAUUGCAGUGUGCUGAGCCCACCGGUCCCGCUGGGGUACAUGAUCGACUUGUUUGUUCCGCAGUGGCGCGCGGAGGGUUUGUUUGACCAAGCGGAACAUGGAAACUCAGUCCGCUGA